AUGAGACUUUCGUUCCAUACGGUGGCACUGUCAUUGCUCGUGUCGUUGUCGUUCAACAACAAUGACCGAUUCAAUCUUGUGGAAGCAUCGAAGCUUCGACGAGGCAGUGUCAAUGAAAAUGACGAGAUUGAAGACAUGUCCGAAGAAAACAUUGACGAACGAUCUCUUCUUUCCUUAGGUACAUUGACUGACGCGGAACUCUUUGCUUUGAAAAAGACACCGCCUGGCCCAUUGAAGAGCUCGAAGUGUGGAGAUACUAGCUUGUUUCGAAGCCUCGGUAGUCUUCGGAGACAGCAUCCUGGAUGUCUUCAGUUUGAAGAAGAAGAUACUGACAUGGUACCAGGAACCUUACCGCCCAUUGGUGCUCCCACCCUGUCCCCACCACCAACAGCAAUGACACCCACUAUUGCUCCAACCAACAUUCAAGACCGAACUUUGAAUUGUGUGCAAACUGUCGUGGGGAGUGAAAUUUCCAUUCCCUACAGCGAACAGUUUCGAGAAGAGAUUUCCAUUUCGUAUCUUUCCUACGAUGCCAUUUUUCGUCAAGGCGAUGUGCUGUGCCUGUCCUCACUCGAGGGGGAGAAUAGAAAUGGAGGUCAAGAACCACAACAAACAGCCUACUUCGGGUACAAUUGGUCCAACGAAUUUGGCUUGUUUGUCAAUGGUGAAAGUGUAUGGAACAUACCCAAAGGCUUUCUGGAAGAAACCUUUGAUCAUUGGACCUUUGAAGAAGAUGGCAACUUGGCAGUCCGCGAUGCCAGGGGAAAUGCAAUCUGGACCUCGCAAUCCCAUGGCAACGAUGGCGGAAAAUUCAAACUGUCCUUUGACAGAGUUUGGAUCGAAGACGAAGUGGGUGAUUUGCUUUGGUCCCAGCCACCCUAUCUGGGACCUCCAGUGCCAACCGAUGCGCCCACUUCUUCUCCGACUUUCAUCCACCAGCGACCACUGAACUGUGUUCAAACCGUUGUGGGAAAUGACCUCACCAUUCCCUUGCGCCAGUACUACAAACGAGGGGAUGUCCACUGCCUGAUCUCAGACGAUGGCGAAGCUGCAUACUUUGGAUAUACAUGGUCGAAUCAGUUUGGAUUGUUUGUCAACAACAAAAUUGAAUGGAGUGCCAAAUGGACAGCACCCGAUGAAAGUGUUGCAGCCUCCAAUCGAUGGGUCUUUCAACAGGAUGGCAAUUUGCUCUUGAGAGACUCCAAUAAUCAAGGGAUUUGGAGGACUAAUACUUGCUGUCACGACGGCAGUCAACUCAAAAUGUCCAUGGAACGAGUUUGGAUCGAAAGCAAUGUGGGAUUGCAAUUGUGGUCCGAACCAUUCUUUGCGACAUUGGGCCCAUCACCGCAACCGACUCCUCCACCAACGGGUCUCCCCACACCUCGACCUACGUCUUCCCCAACAGUAGAACCUCCACCAAGUCCAGCACCGACCCCUGGUCCUACUCGCCCUCCUACUCGACCACCGACGCCUGGUCCAAGUCUUCCACCGACUCCUGGUCCUACUCGCCCUCCUACUCCACCGCCGACACCUGGUCCCACUCUGCCACCGACUCCUGGUCCUACUCGCCCUCCUACUCCGCCACCGACACCUGGUCCAACUUUUCGACAGACUCCUCCUCCAACGAGGCCUCCUACUGCUCCUCCAACUAAUCCUCCAACCAAUCCUCCUACCCCACCUCCAACCAAUCCUCCAACGAGGCCUCAAGACCAAUCAUUGAGAUGUGUCCAAAACGUGGCGGGAGGUCAAAUUACCAUUCCGAUUGAUGCCAUCUAUCGAAAGGGCGAUGUCCAUUGCCUCAGACAAGGCGAUGGAACCGAAGCCUAUUUUGGAUAUACUUGGUCCAACCAAUUUGGUCUCUUUGUCAAUGGCAGAAGUGUGUGGACCGCACCUGAGAGCCAAGUGGCUUCGUUUGACCGAUGGUCCUUCCAAGGAGACGGCAACUUGGUGCUCCGUGAGGGCAGUGGUAGGUCCAUCUGGACGACAGAGUCGGAUGGGAAUUGGAACAGUCACUUGCGAGUAACGUCCGAGCGAGUAUGGAUCGAGAGAAACAUGGGCGAUUCUGCUUGGUCCCAGCCGCCAUACCUAGGACCAUCCAAACCCAACAACAACAAUGACAACAACAACAAUGGCAGGCCCAACAACAAUAGUGGCCUUCAGUACUAUGCCUACUACUAUCCCUGGUAUCUUCGCAACAACUGGGGUCGACACGACUACCAAGAUGAACCUCUGUUGGGAAAAUAUGGAACAGACGAAGUUGCCGUCGCUGAGCAACACAUUGAAUGGGCUCUCGAGACAGGCAUCGCAUCAUGGAUUGUUUCGUAUUGGGGUCCAAAUCACUUGACCAUGAAGCAUUUCAAGGCAGGUAUGAUGAGAGCUCCUUCCCUCAACAAGAUGAAGUUUUGCAUGCUGUACGAGAGUGUCGCUUUGGAUGGCCGUGGUAACUGGCGCGAUGGCUCCAGGGAAGAGGCACUUUAUCAAGAUCUCAAGGUGAUUCGUGACGAGUUCAUGAACCACCCUUCGUACUUGAAAAUCAAUGGUCGGCCCGUAAUCAUUUUCUACAUUACUCGAUCUCGGAUGCCAUAUGAAGGAGGCUUCGACGGACCCGCGGUGUUGGCCAAUAUUCGCCGACGAUUGGGCCGAGAUAUCUACUUUAUUGCCGAUGAGCCAUUCUUUGAUUAUAACAACCAAAGUCCUAAUGGCAAUCGCAACGCCUUCAAGGAUGGCAAACAAGUUUUUGACGCCUACACCACCUACAAUAUGUUCCAAGACAGCCGAGUUCGACGGGGAGAAACCGCAACGGACUACCAACUACGGGAAUCUAUGCCGGUUUGGAAGCGAUGGGCCGAACAGGUGCCCCUCUUCCCAAAUGUGAUGCCACAAUACUACGAUUUCCGUGGGCACAAGCCACUCAUGGGGAAUUCGGCCGAUUUCAUGAAGCAGCUGCGUGCAGUGGCAUGUUUGCCACGCAAAAAUUUCAACGGAGCACCUCAUAUUAUGAUGGUUACUUCCUUCAACGAAUGGUGGGAAGGGACCCAAAUCGAACCUGAAAACGGCUCUGGGGGCAAUUGGAACAACUAUGGAUUCCAAUUUAUGGAGACAUUGGCGGCGUUCAAAAAGGAAGUCGAUUCCCGUGGAACCUAUUGGUGCUAG